GCGUAGUUCAAUGCUUGCAUUGGCCGGAGAUGAGACGUAUGACCCCUUCCUCCUUCUUCUACCAUGGCAACAUCAAGGAUCCGGAGCAGGGGGGACGACUGGGAGGAGCGAAGGUUUGAGGUCCAGGUGGUCGAGCCUGCGUAAAAACGCACCAAACACACUCCAAACGCUUGCGGAAAAGGCAGAAAAAAACUCGAUCGUUGCAGUACCUGGCACUUGUAUGAAUUAAUAAGCUUUUCGGAGAAAGCUGUCUGGAUUUGUUUCUGGAGAAAUAACCAAAAGAGCGGAACGUGCAACGGAGGUGCCUCGCUACGACCUCCACAUUAAACGGACAAAACGAGACCAACUGUUCAAGUUGAACCUUAGAAUUGGGGCCAAACAAGGCAACCGGCCAAGACGGUUUGUUUCAGCGACAAGUGGAGAUAUGUUUAAGAAAAGCAAGAGUAAAGUGCUGGUGGAUUAUGCGUCAGAGGAAGACGACAUGUCCUGGCACCAGCAUCACUCCUACAAGGACAAAGACAUAGAAGGAGAGGAAGAGGAGGAGGAAGCGGUCACUGCAGUCUCCAAGGAGGCCAAGGUGAAGAAGAUCAUGUCCAAGAAAGAGAGGAAGGAGAAGAAGAUUUCCUCCAAAGACGACGAGCACUUCUUGUUGACAGGAGUUCAACUUGCCGACCGCAGAGGGUCUCACAAGAAAAAUAAGGAUGAUGAGAAGGAGAAGGAAAAGAAGGACAAGCCAGAGAAGGGCCACUGUUUCUGGGAGAGCGUUACCAUGACAAUGAGGCAGAUCUCCCCAACAAAAAAACUGGAGAAGAUGGAGGGUUGGGAGCCGCCUCAGCUGGAGAACUUAACUGAGACUGUGACCGAUGACGUUCCAGAAGACAAGAACCAGGAAGAGGACUCUCCGGUGUCCUUCCCCGACUCUCUGGGCCUCCCGUUGGAGCUGGCCUCCUGGGCGGGCCGGGGCCUCGAGGAGGACUCCUCCCGCUAUGCUAAUCUGUCGGACUCCAAGGAUUCAACAGCUGCCGUCAGGUGGACAGACCGCGCCAAAGUCAAGCUGGCCGGCAUCAGCAGGAUGAGCAGAGGGAUUGUGUCAGAAAGUGCUUGGGAGGGGUUUAAAUAGGAGCCACAUUAUAUUUUAUACCCCUCCCUUCUCAUCAUCAAACCUGAACCAAAUUCUUGCUUGUCUCUGUAAUCUAGUUCUGGACGAAACCGAUGUCAACUGCUAUUGAGAUGUUGUUGUAUAGCCAUGAACACAACACAUGAAGUUUGCUUAUUUUUUAAGCUUUGACUUUCUUGAAGACAAAAUAGGUCACUUUUUAAUUACUGACAUAAAAUACAACAAAUUAAAGCCUUAAACUACUGGACCAUUUAACUGUGAUAUCCACUGGCCUUGCAUUUACAUAUUUUAUAUCUCCAAAAAUUGAGGAGAGUGAUUUUUGUAUGAUUAUUGUGGCUGACAUAGGUAGAGAAUUAAUGAAGAAUAUGCUAACCUGCUACUGAAGACUUUUUCACUUCCUUUCUGUCUUUGCAGUUACAGCAUCUUUGUGAACAAUUUAAGUCUUGAGCCUAAAUAUAAAUAUAAAUAUGGGCUUAAAAUCUGUGCAAUCAUAAAACAGUGUAUAAAAUACUUUGAAUCUGGAAUAUUGGUGUGAAUGUGUGUUUGAAAGUUUAUUAAAGGUAGGGUAGGUAAGUUUGAGAAACCGGCUCG